CAGGUGAUCAAACUCGGGCUUCCGGCUAUUGACCUCUUGAUGUGGACAUGUGGACAGAGGUAUUCAGCUAUUUACCAGGCUUCUAUACUGACUUUGGUUUCAUUUAAACUGUCUUUAUCCAUAUUUUUGUGUAUCGUUCAAACCAUCAAUCAUUUAAAUGAAAGGUGUCUAAAAGUACAGCUUGUAAAGUCACCACUGGUUGUAGCUAAAUCAUUCGAUCACGCGUUUAAUUUUGUUUUUCACAUUGGCAUUGGGUGCCUUUUUUUACUGCAGCUAUUUCUCUUGCCACACGGAGGCAUUGUUGUAUUGUUGCCUUUUUUUUCCGGUUUCUAGUUCCCAAAGCUGAAUUACCCUAAAGACAGCUCGACAUAUGGUUCCAAUUAAUGCUGAAUACAGAAUAAAAACAUAUUUGACCUGUCCUAUUCAUUUAACAUAAUUUUUACAUUUCAGUUGCAGUUACACUAGCUUUCAUGUUCCAUGUCCAUCUAUGUCAAUCUGUCAAUCUAUUUACAUAUUUCAUUUUAGGCCUAACUUUGAUUCUUGAGUGUGUCCUUUAUGUUUUGAUUAAAUUUGCCAAGGGUCAGUAAAGUAAAUUGAGUGAAAACGAAUCUUAUCCUUGUCCUUUCUCAUGUUGGUGUAAAUUCAAGAAAAUUACCAAAAUUAAAUGUUUUAUUUUUAUUUUUUUCCCUAGGGGUAUACCGCUUUUGUCAUUACAGCCAUGCGACUGCAGCUAUUUGGGUUGCCACACGAGGGCGUGAUUGUACUUUUUUCUUUUCUAACUGACGUUUCUGUUGGCUUUUAUAGAGAUGAUACAGUCGGGGCAAAUAAGAUGAUCCGUUAAAUAACUGAGUAAAAUAUAUUUUUAAAAAUGUGCUAAUGAUAAGGUGAUUUUUAAUCGCAUUGCAUUCAAAUAUAUAUAUAUUUCCUUUGCUAAUAGCUGUACCUGUAACACAUGCUAACUUAAUAUAUUUUUUUACAGAACAUGUUUUACAAAAAUAACCCUAGAGUUUAAUGUUGCGUGGUAUAAAGCAAAAACAAACAAGAAAGGAAGAAAAACAAAUUCUCCACACAUUACAGUGGCGCUGUGCACAUGGAUUUUGGCAACACGUCAGAGCAGCUCUACUGAGGAGUGAAUGGGGAGGAUUACUACCAGAUGUUCAUUGGGAUUCGGUGAACAGCCAAUAGGAAGGAAGGCCAUUUGGUCUGUGGGCGGAGCCUAGUAUUUCCCAGUGGUCGACUUUUAAACUAACAGGUAGUUAAAACACCAACCAGGUCAACAACACUAGCAGCAGCAGCAGCAACAACAACAACAACAUCAACACAGCAGCACUGUCUGAGGUGGAACGCUCUUGCACCGCUGUCGUUUUUUGGACUAUGCCCGGAACAUGCUGCUCUCCUCCAACAUGCUGAGCAGGAAGGGAUCUUGUGCAGGGAUGAUGAGUGCGGCCGCUGCAGGAGUGGACCGCAGCAGGGUCGGGGAGAGGCUGCAGGCGGCCAUGGCCGGGCUGCAGGAGCUGCAUCUGCUCAAAGACAGACAGAGCGACAUGGUGAGCUGGGCGCUGAGGAUGGACCGAGAGGAUCCGGUCACUCGUGUCCAUGCAGGACCGGAGGUACUUAGGACCAUGGGGGCUGAGGAGCAGCGGCUGGAGGCGACCCUGUCAGCCCUGAAGCAACAGCUGUCUCGCCUUCGUAAACAGGAUGUGGGCCUGAAGUCACACCUGCAACAGCUGGACCAACAAAUCAGUGAGCUCAAGCUGGAUGUCAGCAAGGCCUCCACAGAGCAGAUGGAGAGUGAUAGUCGGCCAAGUUCAGGUUUUUACGAGCUCAGUGACGGAGGCUCUUGCUCCCUCUCAAACUCGUGCACAUCGGUGUACAGUGAAUGUUUGUCGUCGUCUCAGACAAGCCUUCUCCUUCCUCUGAGCCCUUCUAACCUACACGCUGGCCCUCCAGCGCAAGCUGACGUCUGUCGCCGACGGUCUGCCGAUGAGAGCACGGCCCAGCCCAACCCUCCUCGGGCCACAGGCCUCCAUUUGGGCAGCAGCAGAAUUCGAACAAGCACUACAUGCAAUGAACAUGCACGACCAAGACCGGUGUCAACAGGUGAUCUUGACAGAAUGUUGACCCAAGGACCAAACAACUUCAAAUCAGGGGAUGCAAAGAAACCCUUAAUGUGCUCAACAGUAAAAGCUUCUUCUGUGGAUACCAGGUUUCAGAACAACCUUGUUUCCCGCAGUGGCACUGAAGUGUACCACUACCCCAGCCCUCUGCAUGCAGUGGCUCUCCAGAGUCCAAUCUUUGUUAAUGGAGGAAACCCACCAAUACCUGGACUUUUAGAGGGCAAAACUCCCACAACAAAUGGUGCUGACACCCUUCAGAGAGCACAAAUGAGCUGUGAGACCAAGACCCCAGGGUACAUUGACAAGCUUCUUCAGCGCAGUUUGAGUAAAAUGCAGAUGGAAAAAAGCACAGAGAACCAGCAGACACUUAACUACUAUCACAGGAAAACUGCCGUUACAGCUCUGUUUCAAGAUGUGCCUCGGAAUGACGUGUGUUCACUCAAACUUCUUCCAGCUUCAGGCUCAAAUACCAUUCCAAGAAAUAGUGACCAAAACAUACAGUGCAUGACAUUCUUCAGCCAAGAGCCAGUUCUUAACACAAACGCCCAACAGCCAGUAAGAACGCAAGAGGUUCCCUGCAGAUUUUUAAAUUCUGUCGCUAAAAAAGAGUAUAGCUUUGACGAGGUGACCACUUCAACCCUUGGAAAGAAUAAGCCUUCAGUAGAAUACACAAGUGUAACCAGAAGUCAGCCAGAAAAUCGAAGUGAGAAAAAUGUAGACCCGAGGCAACCAGAGAGAAAUUGCCAUCUGCACAGACCAGUGAUGUCCCAUAACUCCAGCACAGAGGAGAGUCAGGUUUUUGAAGUCAACAGUGGCCACGCGGCUUCACCAGAGUUUGUUCAUGCCAAGUUUGUCCCUGCUGAAUCCCAGAGGGUCAAGGUACGACAGGCAGACCGUAAAACCAAAGCUGUGAAACUGCGAAGAAAAGGCACGGAUAAAUCUCGAUCUACCAGGCACCAUCAUGGAUACUCGUCUGGUGAAAGAACCAGGGAGAUCAGUGUUGGAACUAAAGGAGAGCAGAGAAGGUCCGGAAAGGGAAAAGCCACCCAGAAGAUGACCACCUGUCAUACAGAGGAACGCAGACAGACUUCAGGUUCAGACUCCAGUCACUGUGGCCAGAUAGUCAUGCCCAGCCACAGGGUUCCCCUGAAGCCACAACCCAUUUCUAUAACCAAAUCCACUAAAAGCCAAAGACCUCGGUGCUUGGAGUAUCACCAGCCUGCAGAACAGAGGAAGAGGAGGCAAGAAGCUGUGAGGUGGCCAUCUGAUGCUGAGAUGUUCCAGGCUCCUUUUUCACGGCGCCAGGGCCUGAAACAGCCCAAUGGUCUGCCAACGGGGAGAAUGCAGAUGGUCCGCAGUAUAAGUGCCAAGCCGGGCCAGUGGACUGGUCCACAUCGUUCUUUCCCAACGUCGGUUUCCUCCAACUCUUUCCUCCGCAAUCUUAACUCCAGAUACCCUCCAGCACCUUUCCAAAUAACAAGCCUCUACCCCCCCAGAUGUGACUCUGAGUAUUCAGCUGAAUGUGCCUCCCUGUUUCACUCCACUAUCGCAGAGAGCAGCGAGGGGGAGAUGAGUGACAACACCACCAACCGCUUUGGAGAUAGUGAGUCCAGCCAGAGCUUUCAGUCUUUCUCAGACUCUGACAGCAGCCUGUCUCUGGACGAGGAAGACCAGGUGGACAGUCACGAGGAGGGAAGUUUGGUGUGGGCCGAGGUUCCUCCAGGGACCAUUAGUGCUCAACGGCCCCUCCAGCAGCCCCCACGCCCCGAGCCAUCAGCCUGUAGGAUCAAAGCUUCCCGUGCUCUGAAAAAGAAGAUCCGUAGGUUCCAGCCUGCCUCUCUGAAAGUCAUGACCCUGGUAUAGUACUGUUCCUCUAGGCUAUGAGAUCACUGCUCUGUGUAACUGCUCUGGAAAAAAUCAUCACAGAGAAGCAGUCAGGGCUGUGUUUCUGCACUAAGUGCUAAAAGAAAAUCAAGCCUUCAAAGGAUGAGCUCAGUGGUUCAUUGUAUUAAAGCAUCUAUACUACAGUGAUACUUACACUUAUUUACACUUAUACCUAAUUUGUAGAUAAUUAAGUUGUUGUAUUGGAAGUUUCUCUUGGUGAAUGGCUUUCAUUGGCAUGUUGUGCUGUCAUGUAAUUGUUUGUAUCUGUGAAAUUAAGGAAAGAACUAUGUAUUGCUUCUUAAUAGAUAUACAGUAAUUGUUCGUUAUAGUUUUUUUGUUGUUGCAUUGAAAAUACCUUUAGAAUAAACACAUAUUUAAUCUGCA